AUUCCUAGGCAUUUGGUAAUGGAUGUUAAUAUAGUAUUUAUUAUUCAGGGAUCAUUAUUUGUCUAUUCUGCCUCUUUCUACCCUGAAGCUUAGAGUGCAGAGUGUGUGGUUUGCUGGGGUCAAUAAGGAGUCUGCAUGGCAAGAUAACUAACCCACUUUCAGUCUUGUAUUUAUUAAUACAGCCAGCCUGCUUUGGUUUGUAAUCAUCCUGAUGUAUGUUACUCCAUUGAGUUCAAGGACAUAAAACCAAGGAGCUAUGUAAUAAAAGGUGUAAUAAAAGGUGCAAAGUUUGCUUCAGGUCUUGUCACCUAUAGCAGCCAAUCAGCGGUUAGCAUUUACCGGUCACCUGUCUGAAAGCAAACGUCAUAUUGGUUAGUAUGGGUUACUGAACCUGGCAAUUAAUUAUUAAUAUUAUUAAUUGCCCCAAAGUGUUUUUUUUUUUUUUUUUUUUACAAGGACAGUUACUUUGGGUUGGGGGUCUCGUCAAGCUGUUGCUACUUACCAGUUGUAUCGAAAUCUUUCUGUGGUUCCUAUAGUCAGGUGGACUUGUUGGGUGCGGCUCUAAUCUAAUAGGGAAGUUGAUGCAGUUCCAACUGGCUGUUAAUCAGUGACUUCCACUUCUAGAGACGCAUUGAAGCCAUGCCAUUUCUGGGUCAGGACUGGCGCUCUCCAGGCUGGAGCUGGAUGAAAACAGAUGAUGGAUGGAAACGGUGUGAUUUUUACUGUGAAUAUGAGCAAGACGACAGUUGCAACCUUCGCAUGCUAAAUGUUGAUAACCCAGAAUUCUAUGCAGCGGAGAAGUUAGAUGUGUCAGCCAAAAAGCAAAGAAAAGAACAAUUUAACAACACUACCAAAUCACAGAACUUUUAUCAUGAGAAAUGGAUUUACACACAAAAAGAAAGCACAAGAGAAAGACAUGGUUAUUGCACACUGGGUGAAGCAUUUAAUCGAUUAAAUUUUUCAAGUGCAAUUUGGGACAUCAGAAGAUUCAAUUAUGUGGUUAAGUUGCUGCAGUUAAUUGCAAACUCCCAGCUUACAUCACUUAGUGGCUCAGCACAGAAGAAUUAUUUCAACAUUCUAGAAAAGAUUGUUCAGAAAGCAAUUGAAGAUCAGUACAACCCACGUUUGAUACGAGAGCUUCUGCAAGAUUUGAGCGCUGCCCUCUGCAUCCUGAUACGGGAAGUUGGGAGAUGUGUAUUGGUGGGAAAUAUUAAUAUCUGGAUCUCUCGCUUGGAGUCUAUUUAUUCUUGGCAGCAGCAACUGAUGAACCUUCAGAUAAAGCAGCAUCUUGAUGGGGGCCCCACCAUUUGUGAUCUCCCUUCACAAAUGCAGGACAAUAUAAUGAACAGAUUUACUGAUGUCUGGGACAUUAUUAAUCUUAGCCAAGUCACUCCUACUCUGCAUGUGCUGAGUGAAGAUCAAUUCCUUUGGCAAAAACUAUGCAAGUACCAUUUUGCAGAGAAAAUGUUCUGUAGACAUUUGAGUGUCUCUAAAACAGGCCACAUCGACUGGAAACUGAAGUUCUUUGCUCUUCAGAAAUAUUAUCCAACAAGGGAACAAUAUGGCGACACUUUACAGUUCUGCCAGCAUUGCAGCAUCCUGUUUUGGAAGGACACAGGACAUCCCUGCACCGCCAACAAUCCCGCCAGCUGUCAGAAUCCAGUGUCUCCCCAGCACUUUAUUGACCUCUUCAGGUUUUGAUUGUCACAUCCGAUUCCUCUAUCCUUUUUUUUUUUUAAUGUCUGUUGUAUUAAAAUAAAAAAUUAAGAUACAAUAUGACAGAAAACAGAAAAAUGCAUUUUAAAAUACUAGGGUUGCACAGAAUCUAGGAUUUAUAGCUUCAGCUGAAUCCUCCACCUGUAAUUUGCAUAUUUUAAUAUUAACAAAAUCCUAAAAUAUUUAGAUAGAUAUAGAUACAAAUUUAAAGACUACAUUGAAUCACUGAGUUGGGCAUUGUUACUAGCUGUUAUUUAAAGGAGAACUAAACCCCCCCACCAAAAGCCCCCCUAAUCUUGCAGGCAUUGCGCCUCUCCCACCCAUGUGCUUUAGUGUUAAAAAAAAAACCUUUUAAAAAUUUCAUCCCGAUUCCUGACUUGGCCCAACUGUGCAUGCGUCGGCAGGCUUUGUGACAGCGAAGAGAUCCAAAGACGACGCGAAGAUCCGCAAGAUGGCGACCAGGAGCUCCACUGAGCUUCUCUGAAUUGAAAGGACCAGUAACCUAAAAAAUCAUUUUAAAAAAAUGAAUUUGUACUUAUUGAAAAAAAAAAACCAAGAUGCAAUGAAAUUUAAAUUCGCAAACUUUAUUAAGAAAUAACUUACCCAUUCUCCACUUGCACUCCUCUUCAGAAAUGGCCACAGGGCAACGAU